GCGUGGCAAUUCACAUGUGUGAACCGGGAAAUCCUCCAGACGGCGUGCCGUGAUCCGCUCACUUUCAAUCUAGAUCACCGUGCCUUUCUGCUGGCUUCGGCCGUCGUGGAGAAGGUACAGCAGACCGCUGGCAGCGACGGCAGUGCCCCGAGCGCUGCCGCAGCAGGCGCCGACUUCCAGGCGGAGUCCGUCGCCACACUCCGGGCCAUCGCCCGCAGGGCGAGGGCCGGCGGCGCCAAGCAGCACGGGGACCGCUCGGUGUCAUCCGACUCGGACGACGAGGGUUCCGCUUCGGUGAACGUGUGCAAGGGGUUGAAGCGCUACGGGCUCAACGGUUUGCCGUUUGAGCACCUGCAGCAGCUGGCUCCCCUUCAGCGGCUGCUUUGGCGGAGCCGCCGCAAGGCCAGCCACGGGCGGCUCCCGUGGGUCACCAGCGAUUUGCAGAAAGACGUCGAGUCGCUGAAGAGGACGUCGGACGCCACUCUGCGCCCGCCGCAGAAGGGCCAGGCGGACCUCAACAGCGAGGCCGUCACUUCCGAGCGGUUGCCCAGGCGCUUCCUCGACUUGUGCCACAUGGCGCAGGAGCUCGGCGUCACGGUCGCGCACGAGUACGACCGCCAGGAAUGGCUCCGCUUCGGCACGCAGAUCGAGCACAAGGAUCCCUCGGUAGAUCCGGGCGCCAGCUUCGAGAAGGUCGGCCACGCCUUGCGCAGCGACGUCAAGGAGCAGAGCAACAGGGCAAGGCAGGCCGGCGACGGCGCAGGCCGCAGCGGCUGGGGCGCGGGCAGGGGCCCUCAGGGCCACGCGAGCCAGCCUGCGCGCGGGAAGGCGGCGGCGCUGCCGCCGCCGCCCCUGGCCCCGGAGCGCGGGCGCCCGCGCCCGCGGGCCG